AUGGCUGAAGAUUUUAAGUUGGGAGACAACCUUAUUGAAAAUUAAGAUUUCCUUUCUCUAACUGAGCGACUCAUUAGUCCAAAUAUGUUUGAUGAAAUUAAUAAUCAAGAGGGUUAGGAAAAUGUGAAAGUAUAUGACUAUGAAAAGAUACUAUAAAGAGUUGGCGGUUUUGAGGGUUGUCUAAUAUAUUCUUUUUCCUUUUUGACUCUAAUGCCUGAUUAUCAAUGUAAUGAUGGUACUGGGUUUUUCUAGUGCGAUAGAGAGUAAACUUGCGAAUAUAAAAACUAAGAUAUCUUAAACUUCAGUCCUUCGAGUAAUGAGAUCGGUUACUCCAUUAAUUGGGAAACCAGAACAAGUCUAAACAACUUAGUAGAGCACCUAAGUCUCAGAUGUGUUGAAAGCUGGGAGAUAGGGUUCAUGGGAUCUUGCUAUUUUAUUGGAGCUGUGUUCGGAAAUCUAUUCUUGUCAAGACUUGGCGACACAGUUGGAAGAAUACUAAUGGUGAGAAUUGGAAUAUCUUUGUCGCUCUUGUUGUAUGCAGUAAUACUUUUCGUCUCAACAUCUCUAUUGUUAAACUAUGCUCUGGUUUUCCUCUUUGGCUGCCUGACGAGCUUUAGAGUUGGAAUUAGUUAUCUUUAUGGCUAAGAAAUAGUUAGAGCUAAACACUCUAAUAUGAUUGGAAGCUUGUACAACAUUUUUGAUUCUAUUACAAUGAUAAUGGCAUCUUUGUAUUACAAGUAUAUUUCAGAUGACUAUAUUGGAAUUCACUUGGUGUUCUUUGUAUUUAUUCUAUCAUCAGCUUUAAUUAGUUUUACUCUACCAGAAUCUCCAAAGUUCCUAAUAUCUGUGAAGAAAUAUAAGGAAGCUAGGCAGGCUUUGAAUACAAUUGCCGAAAAAAACGGGAAAAAAAAGCUUAGUCUUUACAAUGAAUUGAUUAAGGAUGAAAUAAUGAUGAAUAGACGAAGAAGAUUAAUGUCAGUCCAGAUUGACGAAUUUAGGAAAUCCCCAGGUAAUAAUGUUCAAAAUAAGACUGCGGAAUCUGUUAAAAGUCAAAAACUGCCUAACCAUUCGAUCUAUAACCUGAUUCAAAACAGAUUAUACCUGUUAAACCUAGUUCUUAUGUCAAUCACUUGGGCAUCCUCUACUUUUACAUACUAUAUGGUUGGCUUCUAUAUAAAAUACAUUCCUGGCGACAUUUUUAACAUGGUCAUUGUGUCUAGUAUGGCAGAGUUAUUUGCUUGCUUGAUCUCAGGAGUGGUUUCUGGAUAUGUUGGAACCAAGAAAUGCCUAUUCUCAUCCUUCUUAAUGGGAGGGGUUUUCGGCAUAUUAAUCAUUUUCAUUUCCCCAAGCAACACCUUGAUGAUAUCUUUCUGCUUGCUUUUGACUAAAUUUGGAGUUUCUAGUGCAUUUAAUCUGUGCUUCCUAGUCACAGCUGAGUAUUUCCCAACUCUUUAUAGCUCAACUGUAUUCGGUGCUUGCAAUGUAUUUGCUAGAAUUAUGUCAAUAUUUUCCCCUCUGAUUGCUGAAGUUCCAGCCCCACUUCCAAUGAUGGUAUACACAUGCUUUUGUUUUAUGAGUAUGCUUGGAACUACUCUUUUAGUUAAACAUCAAGACCAAGAUAACAAAAUUGAUGAUAUACUUAGUAAAGGAUCUUCUCCAGGAAAAAGAGAAAGAGAUUUUGAUUAGGAGCUAGACUGA